AUGGGUAAACCAAAGAAUCACAAGAAAAACAAAAUACCCAUUGAAACGGUCUAUAUAGCACCACCUAAAAAUGUCCAAACUGAAGAAGUAGAAUAUGAUCCAAAGACUAGAGUUACUGAUCCAUUUGAAAAUGAUUUGGAUUUUUUGUUAACAACUACAGCUCAUACUACAGUAGAAGGUCCAUUAUCUUCAACAUCAACAAAUAUCAAAUCAAAUAAAUCAUCUUCAUUACCAAUUGAUCAAAUAGAGCAAAGCCAAGUACCUAACGAAUCAUCAAAACCAAAAGUUACCAAAAAGACUAAAAAAGAAAUCUUAAGUUUUGAUAUAAGUUUCUCAUCAGAUGAUGAUGAAAAAGAUGAUAUUGGUAAUAUGGAAAGCAUAGAUGAAGUAAUAACGACCAAUCCAUCAUUCUCUAAGAAAAGCAAUAUAAAUAGAGGUACAAAACCUAAAACUAGUGAAGAAUACCUUGCAAAAGAAUUAGGUCUUGAUUCAUCAGAUACAGAUGAUUCAUCAUCAGAUUUUGAUGCUGAUUAUGAUAGUGAUGCUGAAGAUUUUGAUCUUGUCAAUGAACUUUAUGAAAAAUUAAACAUUAAAGAUUUUAGUGAUUCUAUUAUUGGUGAAGAAUUAGAUGAAGAUGAAGAAGAGCAAAAUGGUCAAAUCAAAAACAAACCACCAAAAAAGAGAAAACCAAGGUCCAAAAAACCACGGGAAUCUAAAGAACCUAAAAAAGAUGAAAAUAAAUCGCAGACUGAUGAUAUAGAGAAGAAGAAAAGUAAUAGAAAAUCUAGAAGUGAUAGAAGACGUAUAAAGAGAGAAGCAGAACGUCAAAACAAUAAUGAAAAAUCAGAGAAUUUGAAUAAGACAGAAUCUAAACAAGGAUCAAAAGACUCGACUGAAUCUAAAAGCAAACAACAACUUUCAAAUAAAUCAAAGAAUAACAAGAAGGAUACCAAAAACCCACAAGAUAAGAAUAUUGAACCUCAUUUUAAAUCACAAGAACAAAAGCCAGAUAAACCAAAUAAACCAAGAUGGGCAAUUGCAGCAAGUAAGAAGGGUAAUUUGAAACAAAAAAAUUUUAAAAAUGAUGAAUUAAAACCAAAAGGGAAAGAAAAUAAAUCAAAUGAUAAUAAUGAUAAGCCUCACGUCUUGACAAGAUCACAAUUGAUUAAUCAAGAAUCUGGAUCUAAAAAGGAAAAAAUACCUAAUUUUGGAGAUUCUAAAAAAUCAUCAAGAUCAUCAAGAUCAAAGAAACCAAGAGAAAAAUCUGAAAAGAAAGGUUCAGAGACGGCUAAUACUAAUUCUAGUGAAGUUAAAUCCAAAGAUUGA